CCCACAAGUCCAAACUCUAAAGAGAGCAUGAGACAAGUUUGCUUGGACAACAUAUUGGGUACCACAGAAUGAGUUUCUCAAUCUCAAAUGUUUUCAACCAGGGACAGCCAUAAAGCAAGCCAAACAGACUAAUCAAUCAGGUUUCUUCAUUGAGAAGGAGAAAAGAAAGAGAUAGAGACACCCCAUGAAAGAUAAAAAGUUGCAAAGAGGAUCAUAUCUGAGAAAAAGACUGGACCCUCUUGUGCCAACUUACAACACAUAGAUUAGAUAUUAUUUUGACAAGAAAGCCUUGAUCUUUCCAUGCUCUACCACCUUCUCAAUUUAGACUCUUUUUUAUCCAAAACAUACACAUACAGAGCUAAGCUUCAGAGGAAGAUGAUAAUGGUCUGAGAAAAGUUUGCAUGGCGAGCCACAGAAUAGGAGAACUCGGUUUGUCUGAGUCGGGACCUUCAAGUCACCACAUCCCUUAUGGAGUGCUUCAAGGAAUAAACACUAAUCCAGUAUCAAGCUUAAUCAAUCAAGGAUCUGCUUUUGAUUUUGGGGAGCUGGAGGAAGCAAUUGUUCUGCAUGGAGUCAAGGGUAGAAAUGAUGAUGACAAAGCAUCUUUAUUCACAGCCAGACCUGCAGCUACACUGGAAAUGUUCCCUUCAUGGCCAAUGAGAUUCCAACAAACCCCAAGAGGUGGUUCAAAGUCAGGAGGGGAAAGCACUGAUUCAGGUCUUUCCAGCAAAACUGAGCCCCCCUUCGAGGCAGAAUCUCCCAUGAGUAAAAAGGCAUCUUCUUCAGAUCACCAGGCUUUUGAUCAGCAGCAUCUGCAGCACAGGCAGCAGCUUCAACAGGAUAUGGCAAGUGAUGCCGCAAGAACAGCCUCUUCACAGAAUCAAUCAGCAGCCAAAUCACAAGAAAAGAGAAAGGGAACUGGUUCAACAUCAGAGAAACCACUUGAUGCAAAGACAUUAAGACGUUUAGCUCAAAACAGAGAGGCUGCAAGGAAAAGCCGUCUCAGGAAAAAGGCUUAUGUGCAGCAACUAGAAUCAAGUAGAUUAAAGCUUACCCAGAUAGAACAAGAACUCCAAAGAGCACGCUCUCAGGGCUUGUUCGUGGAUUGUGGUGGUGUUGGAAGCAAUGUAAGCUCUGCGGGAGCCGCAAUGUUUGACAUGGAAUAUGGAAGAUGGUUAGAAGAAGACCACAGGCUAAUGGGGGAGCUUCGGAACGGGUUGCAAGUACCCUUAUCAGAUAGUGAUAUGAGAGUGAUGGUGGAUGGAUAUCUCUCCCACUAUGAUGAGAUUUUCAGGCUCAAGGGUGUGGCUGCUAAAUCAGAUGUGUUCCACCUUAUCAAUGGCAUGUGGACUUCCCAAGCUGAACGUUGCUUCCUCUGGAUUGGUGGUUUUAGACCCUCUGAUCUCAUCACGAUGCUGAUACAACAAUUGGAGCCACUAGCUGAGCAACAGAUAAUGGGGAUGUAUGGCCUGAGACAUUCCUCACAGCAAGCAGAAGAAGCACUCUCUCAGGGCCUUGAACAGUUGCAGCAAUCUCUGGUGGACACCAUUGCUGGAGGCCCGGUUGUUGAUGGUGUGCAACAAAUGGUCGUUGCCAUGAGCAAACUAGCCAAUCUUGAAGGAUUUGUUCGUCAGGCUGAUAAUUUGAGGCAACAAACACUUCAUCAGUUAUGUCGAUUACUCACAGUUCGUCAAGCAGCACGAUGCUUCAUUGUCAUUGGAGAAUACUAUGGACGUCUUCGAGCCCUUAGUUCUCUCUGGGCAUCAAGACCACGAGAGACCUUGAUCGGUGAUGAUAACUCAUGCCAAACAACAACAGAAAUGCAAGUGGUCCAACAUUCUCAGAAUCAUUUCUCGAGUUUCUGAGAGAUGUAAUUAAAAUCCAUUAGCACGAAAAUUAAGAAGCUUGUUACAUGUGGUUGGGCUGCUUUUAUGUCUUCAAAAAAAUGUUUAUUUAUUUUUCUUUUCAAUCUUCCACGCUCCCUAGUGUUUCUAUGAUUGUAAAUGUAAAAAUUUAGCUUCUAUGUGCAUGCAAGAUGAGAAAGCUCCUACUUUAGCUGAAAGGGAAAUAGAAAAAAAAAUUGCAGUUUA